AUGCAUACAUACGACAUCAUAAUAAUUGGUCUGGGCUGCGCCGGCGUCUCUGCUGCGAGUACUUUGGCGAAAGCUGGGAAGAAAGUUCUAGCCCUCGAAGCCAUGGACAGGAUCGGUGGUCGAGUUCGGACUGUGCCAUUUGGUGAUGGCGUUGUUGAAGUUGGUGCUGAAUGGAUCCAUGGCACAGGUAACAGCAGCACCUAUAGAAUUGCUAUGCAACACAACAUUACAAUUAUACCCCAAGAUCCCAUCUUCAAGGUGUACCAAUCCGAUGGGACGGAGACUGAUGAUGAUUUAUUAUUGAACGACCUCGUGAAUAUUUGCUUUGUAUUGGUUGGACAAAAACAUAAAAUUUUUGUUGGUGGCUUGGGAGAAUUUAUCACAAGCAGGUUACUACUUAACGUCAAAUCAAAGUACCCUUAUUUGAUUAAAGAUAAAGAUUUCCUAUCAGAGUUUAAUACAUACAACAAUGGACCGGGCUUACCAAACCUUGAUAUAAAACUGAACACGGAGGUGACGCAAAUAAUAUGGCCAAAAGAUGGCGCUGAUGUAAGAGUCGUCUGCGCAGAUGGCAGCACGUACACAUCCCGUCACGUUAUUGUUACGGUUUCUUUAGGGGUUUUGAAAGAACGAUAUGAAACAUUAUUUAAGCCGGGGUUGCCGCGGGAGAAAGAAGAAGCAAUAGAGAAGACAUCUAUAGGUGCGGUUUGCAAAAUAAUUUUUAAAUUUGAGAAGGCUUGGUGGCAAGGACAGGAAACAUAUUACGGUUUCAUGUGGAAGACUGAGGAUAUAGAAAAACUACCGAAGGAGGAUUAUUGGAUCACGAAGAUUUUUGGGGCGAGCAGGCCCAGGGGAUCCACAAAUACAUUAUGUUUGUGGACUAGUGGGGAAGUGGGGAAAUUGUUAGAAAUAAUGCCAGAGGAUAUUAUGAAGCGAAAGUGCAUGGAGCUUUUGCGAAAAUUCAUGGGAAAAUCUUAUGAUAUACCGGAGCCGACUGGAAUGAUCAGAUCCACCUGGUUCUCAAAUCCCUUCACCCGCGGUAGCUAUUCCUAUGACAAUCGUCGGACGACACAAAACGCGAAUAAUCGAAGAUUUCUCGCGGAGCCUUUACGCGAUACACUCGGAGUUCCUCGCCUUUUAUUCGCUGGGGAGGCCACAGAUGCUCUUCACUUCUCAACAGUGCACGGCGCUAUCGAUUCAGGGUACAGAGAAGCCAAGAGACUUAUAAAAAAUAGUAAAUUGUAA